UCUCCAUCCAGCUCUCCAUCCAGCCAGCCAGCCAGCCUGGCCAGGGAAGGGUAGUGAUGACGGUGACAUACUCGCGGAGGGUUGCUGACGCGGGGCUAGGGACCUUCUCUCAUCUGCUCCUCCGAUGGAAGGGGAGCAUCUACAAGCUGCUGUGGAGAGAACUGAUCAUCUUCACCACACUGUACUACUCCUUCAGCAUCAUCUACAGGUUUGUGUUGAAUGAGGGCCAGAAGAGGCUGUUUGAGAAGCUGGCCAUCUACUGUGACCGUUACGCAGAACUCAUCCCUGUGUCCUUCGUAUUGGGUUUUUAUGUGACCCUGGUGGUUUCUCGGUGGUGGGGUCAGUUUGAGAGUGUUCCCUGGCCGGACCGGUUGGGUGCGCUGGUGGGCGCUCACGUCCGUGGUACCGAUGAGAUCGCCAGGCUGACCCGCCGAACCCUGAUGCGGUAUGCCAACCUGUCCGGCGUGCUCAUCUACCGAUCGGUCAGCACGGCGGUCUACAAGAGGUUCCCCACCAUGAACCACCUGGUGCAGGCAGGCCUGAUGACAGUGGAGGAACAUAGGCAGUUGGAGGAGUUGCCCUCACCUCAUAACAAGUUCUGGGUUCCUUGUAUGUGGUUUGUUAACCUGGCACUGAGGGCCCGCACCGAGGGACGCAUCAACAAUGAUGUGGCGCUGUCAGCCAUUCUCAAUGAAUUAAAUACAUUGCGGACACAGUGUAUGAAGCUAUACAGUUAUGAUUGGAUCAGCCUACCCCUUGUGUACACCCAGGUGGUGACAGUGGCGGUCUACAGUUUCUUCCUGGCGUGUCUGAUUGGUCGACAGUUCUUAGACCCCGCCCAGGGCUACGCUGGUCAUGACAUCGACUUCUACCUGCCUGUCUUCACCCUGCUACAGUUCUUCUUCUACGUGGGCUGGCUCAAGGUGGCAGAACAACUGAUAAACCCAUUUGGGGAAGACGACGAUGACUUUGAAACCAACUAUCUGGUUGAUCGUAAUCUACAGGUGUCCCUGCUGUCUGUGGAUGAGAUGUACGACACUAUCCCAUUGGUCGAGAGGGAUAAGUACUGGAACGAAUCAGAGCCCCAGCCUCCGUACACUGCAGCCAGCGCGGAGCAUCGCAAACCUUCCUUCAUGGGCUCUGCUCUAGACAUCAGUGUCCCCAAAGAGGAGAUGGAGUUCCAGUCCAACCUGGAGCAGAUCAAGGAGCAUGAGGAGGCCAACCACUCUACUCCUCUCCUGGGGGGUCUGAGUCGCCUCCUGGGGGUUCAGUCCCCCGUCUUCCCCCGCUCCUCCACCUCCUCCCGGGUUUCUCUCCUGCGCCGGCGCCCAGGGGCUCCAUUCAGCCGCUUCCCCCUCUUCCUGCACUCCGAGGGGGACUCCUCAACGCCGAGCCACGGCCCUGGUCCCAGCCACCCGGACUACGCCUUCUCCUCCAUGCCCCUGUAUGAGAGGUCCGGCUUCUAUAGCUGUCCCCAGACCCCCAUCCACUGUGUUCCCCCCGCUAUGCCUCGUCCACGGCCCACCCGAGGAACUUACGCCUGGGAUCGCAGCUCCAGCUCGCUGGCUCCUCCGAUGGUUGGCUCUGGAGGUCUGCUGCCCCCUGAUACUCCAGGUCAUAUGCUCCCUCCACCCUCCUCUGCCUUCCCCUGGCUGAGUGAGGAGGGAGAGGGUCCUUGUGUUCCAGCCUUCUCCUUUCCUGACCCUGGCAACCUUCCGGAACUCUGCCCCAUAUCAAAGCUCCGGCCCGGGCAAGGCCUGCUGUCUCGACGGCCUCCACCUCCACGCCUCUCUCCACGCCUCUCUCUGGAUAACACACCGUUGGCCGAGGGCCUGCAGCCUGGACCCAUCAGCCCACGGGGAGUGGGAGGUGGAGGUGGGGAGCGGGUGUUCUCCUUUACCCCUCCCUCUCGCACCCCAGCUACCAAUCCCAACAGCUCCUCCUCUAGUAUCAAUGCCACCAGCACUAUCAACACCACCAACCCUAACACCACUACUCCAGCCAACGUCUUGAGUGGUACCAACACCACUUCUACAACAAACUUCUGCAAUGGUACCAACUCCAACACCACUACUACGUCUAACGUCUGCAAUGGUACCAACCCCAACACCUUUUGUAACCAUGCCAACUUCAACAGCACAAGAGCAGCAGGUAUCAACAGUGGAACCAAUGGUGGUCCAAGCAACAACGUCGUGAACACCAUUUCCAUUUCUGGAUCCUCUCAGCAAGAAGCCAAUCAGCAUCAAAACUCGCCAAAUGAUUCAGGGAUUUCUUUGGCUGAGGGGGGCCCUCACUGGCUGGGAGCUCUGGUAAUGGAUAGUGGGAUGAACAAGGCCCCUGGGGGGCGGGAGCAGGACUGAAGAAGGAGGGAGAUGAUUGGACAAGGCCCCUGGGGGAUGGGAGCGUGGUUGGACAGACUCAGAAGUAGUGUAAACCUACACCGUAUGCACAUCUUUCUUUCAGACUGAAGGGUUCCAUCCAUCUGGCCAGUGGUAGUCUUUCUAGGCCAUCCAUCUGGCCAGUGGUAGUCUUUCUAGGCCAUCCAUCUGGCCAGUGGUAGUCUUUCUAGGCCAUCCAUCUGGCCAGUGGUAGUCUUUCUAGGCCAUCCAUCUGGCCAGUGGUAGUCUUUCUAGGCCAUCCAUCUGACCAGUGGUAGUCUUUCUAGGCCAUCCAUCUGACCAGUGGUAGUCUUUCUAGGCCAUCCAUCUGGCCAGUGGUAGUCUUUCUAGGCCAUCCAUCUGACCAGUGGUAGUCUUUCUAGGCCAUCCAUCUGACCAGUGGUAGUCUUUCUAGGCCAUCCAUCUGACCAGUGGUAGUCUUUCUAGGCCAUCCAUCUGACCAGUGGUAGUCUUUCUAGGCCAUCCAUCUGACCAGUGGUAGUCUUGCGAAGCCUGGAUGUCCAAGGCUAGACCAGCGUAGAGGCUGCUUCUGAAAUGUUUAUUGGAAUCCCACAGAGUGGAGAGGUUGGUAAUAUGACAUUUCUUCUUCAUGCUAUUCCAGCUAGUAAACCAGUACGAAAUCUACUGAAGAAAGACUCCUUUGUUUGCUGAAUCUCAUGAGGCCUACGUACUGGAGGCCUACGUACUGGAGGCCUACGUACUGGAGGCCUACGUACUGGAGGCCUACGGACUGGAGGCCUACGGACUGGAGGCCUACGGACUGGAGGCCUACGUACUGCAGGCCUACGGACUGGAGGCCUACUUGAACUACUGAAGAAUCUCUAUAUCAAUCAUCAACCCCUUUUAGAAAAGAUUGACUGAUAACAUUCUGGUAAGAGGUGCUAAGUACCUCAGCCGUCAAUAUCUCCGGUGUGUUUCUCCUAGGGUUGCCAGAUUCGGGUAAUUAUUAUUAUUAACAUUGUCAGAAAUCACAGUUGGAGGAUUCCUGGAUUUCCUGAUUUCCUUAUUCUCUCCUGAUUCCAGGAUCCUUCUAACCAGGAUUCCUGGAUUUCCUGAUUUCCUUAUUCUCUCCUGAUUCCAGGAUCCUUCUAACCAGGAUUCCUGGAUUUCCUGAUUUCCUUAUUCUCUCCUGAUUCCAGGAUCCUUCCAACCAGGAUAUCUGGAAAAUUUUAUUUGUCACGUGCACCAAAUACAACAGACUUUUCCGUGAAAUGCUUUACUGACGAGCCUUUAACCAACAAUGCAGUUUUUAAAAAGUAAGUAAGUAUGAACGAUUUGCUCAGUAAACUAAAGGAAAAAUAGUAACACAAUAAAAUAACAUUAACGAGGCUACAUACUAGGGGUACCGGUACCGAUGUGCAGGUAGUCGAGGUUAAUUGAGGAGGAUACACUGCAUUCGGAAAGUAUUCAGAUCCCUUGACUUUUUCCACAUUUUGUUACUUUACAGCCUUAUACUAAAAUUUAUUAAAUAAAUACAAAAACUCAGCAAUCUACACA